AUGCGUCGACAGGAAAGAAAAGUGAUACUGUUUGUGGAUAACUGCAGCGCCAAUCCCAAAGAAUCAGCACAGCGACUAUCCAACAUCCGCCUGGAAUUUCUGCCUACCAACACCACAUCAUUGAUUCAACCGUGUGAUCAAGGCAUCAUAAGAAAUUUGAAGUCCAGCUACAGGAAUGAAGUUGUGAAGAAAAUCAUCGGCGAUAUCAACAAAUCGGAGCUAUCUGCUAACGACCUUGGCAAGCCUGUAAUACUGCUGAAUGCUAUUCACAUGCUUAGGAAAGCCUGGAACGCCGUGAAAUCAUCAACGAUACAGAACUGCUUCAGGAAGGCCGGAAUCACAGCUGAUCAACACCAGGAUUCCGAUGAAGACCAGAGGCCCAUGGGCCUUAUAG